ACUGACAACGUGAGGAUGGCUGCCAGCAACAUCCUGGUGGCUCUGGCCCGGACACACUUCAGCUGGGUGAUGGCUGAGCUCCAGGGCCAUCUGAAGGCCAUCGGGGAUAUAUCCAGGGAUUUUGUGCUCAUCACCCUCAGCAAACUGUUCAGCAUCUACGCUCCACAGUUCAUCCCCUUCAUGUGGCUGAUGCUGGCUGGCCUGCGCAGUGUGGUGGGCCAGGUGAGGAGCGGCCAGACCCUGCGCCUCGCUUGUGCUGUUGUGAAACAAUGGUCAGAAGGAGUCCAGGUUCACUUCUGCUCAGGAAAGCAAUGCCCCCGGCCUGCCACGGAGAAAGAGCAAAUCUACGGGAAUCUGUACCGGCUCUUCUUCUCCGUGCUGACAAACUGGCAGGACUGCAAGGAGGAAAAGGAUAAACAGGCUGUCUUCGGGGCUGUGACUGCCAUGAUGGCUGUCCUCCUGCAAGAGGAGCUGCACCGAGAGCAAGUCUGGGAGCAGCUCCUCUGGCUCGUGCGCCCUUAUCAGGAGGACCAAGACAUCUGCAGAGUGACCAAGGUGAGAUGUUGUGCAGGGCUCAGCGUGGACGUGGGGCCCAUGCAAAUGCCAUGA